AUGGAAGUCCUCCAACAAAAGCCCACGAACUACGCCAUCCACACCAGCCCAGCCCAUGAUCUGCGGCUGGUAGAAUGUGAAAUCCCCAAGCUCGCACCAGAUGAGUGUCUAGUACACGUACGCGCGACUGGUAUCUGUGGCUCCGACGUGCACUUCUGGAAACAUGGACACAUUGGACCGAUGGUCGUGACCGGCGACAACGGCCUCGGCCAUGAGAGUGCCGGAGUAGUCCUGGACGUCGGCGAGGCCGUGACGCGCUUCAAACCCGGCGAUCGAGUCGCCAUGGAAUGCGGUGUCCCUUGCUCCAAAGCCACCUGUGACUUCUGUCGGACCGGCCUGUACCAUGCCUGCCCGGAUGUGGUGUUUUUCUCGACUCCUCCACACCACGGUACGCUACGCAGAUACCAUGCUCACCCCGAGGCAUGGCUACAUAAGAUCCCUGACAAUGUGUCCUUUGAAGAGGGCUCAUUGUUGGAACCAUUGACGGUCGCGUUGGCGGGAAUUGACCGAUCGGGAAUGCGAUUGGCUGAUCCUUUGGUCAUCUGUGGCGCUGGGCCAAUUGGCCUCGUUACUUUGUUGGCUGCUAAUGCUGCGGGCGCUGAGCCUAUUGUUAUCACGGAUCUUGAUGAGAAUCGUCUCGCAAAGGCGAAGGAGCUGGUACCCCGUGUGCGACCGGUCAAGGUGGAGAAGGGCGAGAGUUCGUUGGAUCUCGGACAGCGGAUUAUAAAAGAGCUUGGGCAGGAAGCUAAGCUUGUGAUAGAAUGUACGGGUGUGGAGAGUAGUGUGCAUGCUGGGAUUUAUGCUACACGCUUCGGAGGUACCGUCUUCGUGAUUGGCGUCGGCAAAGAUUUCCAGAACAUUCCCUUUAUGCACAUGUCGGCGAAGGAGAUCAACCUCAAAUUCCAAUAUCGGUAUCAUGAUAUCUACCCGAAGUCGAUCAGCUUGGUGGCUGCAGGCAUGAUUGACCUGAAGCCUCUUGUGUCGCACCGGUAUAAGUUGGAGGACGGGCUACAGGCGUUUGCUACUGCUAGUAAUCCCAGUUCCGGGGCCAUCAAGGUGCAAAUUUUGGAUGAUUAG